AUGAACAGAGCUGCAGGACUCCUCCAAGGUACCAGAAGGCUAACCGCCUUUACCGAAGUACGUGCUGUUCACGUUCCGAACGAGGAAUCCAUACACAUUGAGAAACACAAAGAUACAGGCUUCGUCGGAAUGAUAAAGAAGCAGGUGAACAAAAUAGGAAACGACAGAACCCAUGCCCUAUAUGGCGACUAUCCAGCUGGAAAUGUAAGUCAUAUCGUACCCUUGAAAUCUGAAAAGAUUUUUCUGCUUGGUUGCAGGUGGGUCGUCCCAAAGGACAGGAAUACCAGCAGCAUGAGAGGACCAGAAUAGGC